CAAUUCCGACAAUCAGCAUCAGUUUCACUUGCACCGAGUUCGCAUCAGGAGCAUCAUUAACUUAAACUUAAAAAAAACAUCUAAAAUGGCAUUCAAAUUUGUUAUCCUUUGCACUGUUUUGGCUGUUGCCAGUGCUGGUUAUAGCCCAGUUGUGUACUCAGCUCCAGUUGCUCACUACGCUGUAGCAAAUCCAUCCCAGGAUGCUGUUGGCUCAACCCAGCAUAAUGUUGUCCGCUCAUACGCCGGCACUGUGUCCCAAUACUCCAAGGCUGUUGAUACCCCAUACUCGAGCGUUCGCAAAUCUGACACCCGCAUCAACAACAACGUCUAUACUCCAACUUAUGCCAAGACUCUGACCUAUGCCGCUCCUCAAGCUAUCUACUCACAUGCCGCUCCAGCUGCCGUCUAUAGCCAACAAGUUGCCCCAGCUGCUGUUUACUCUCACCAUGCUGCUCCAGCUACUGUCUACUCUCACGCUACUCCAGCUGUCUACUCGCACGCUGCUCCAGCUGCUGCUGUAUACGCUCAGCCUGCUGCUCACGCCAUCACCUACUCACCAGCUGCUACUGUUGCCCAUGUUACCUUCGAUGGUUUCGGAGCUCACUACGGCUACUAAGGGAAUUGAUCACAAAAAAUAAGACGAAAAACAUUGUUGAAACAUUGUAGUAAAAUAUAAUACCUGUUGAAUUAUUUUGUUAAAGAGUUAAAUAAAAUUUGCAAAAGAAAAAAA